CAAGUAAUAUGAUCAGUUUCCUGAUGGUCAGGGAUGUGUAUGCUUGGCGUGCAGUAUUGUUAAGUAAAAGUGUUGGUAGCAUAUGGGGGCUUUUGUGUUACAAACUGUGACUGUAAAUGCUACCAUUAAUAUUAUAGUUGUGUAAUAGGCCAUCUGAAAUGAAACGUGAAGAACAUAGUUUUCCAACUGUGGCGCGUGAACAGUUUUCAAUUUUUUUCAUUCUUCCUUUUAUUGCGUAUUCUCGAAUGAAUUCAAUGUAUAUUCAAUCUCGUCUACUUUAUUCAACCUUGCCCAGACGACUUGCAUUAACGGGAAUGUGAAUUAUUCAGUAUAAAACGAACCAGGUGUGUUGUUACGUAACUGACAAUUUUUCAGUCGGCCCGUGUAGGAAAUUUCGUUAUGUAAAUGUGCACACACAAUCGUGGGUGCAUGCUAAACUGGAUUUCACAUAUGUGCCCAUUUAACCAAGAUAUCGUCAAAUCAGUUUGUUUUCAAAUGCUUAAUUGUGCAUGUGAAAAGAAAGGCCCAUAUCAAGUCUAACGGUCCUCCGUGAGCUGAAAACCCAAAGUAGAGCUCAAGCCUGUACUUUUCCACUUCCAGUGGAUUCUUGGCAUCUUACCCCCUCACCCCACUCCAUGCGCAAGCGCCCCCUUGUCUCUUGUGUAUCUGGGAACAUGCGUCACUCGAAGCCGUUUUAAUUGAGAAGCAGCCAGAUAGAGGAAACAUGUUUGAAUAAGCCAGACAAUGAAGUUGACAUAUUGGCCUACUUGGCAAUUAAAACGUGAUCUCUGAUACGUAGGCUAUAGUGCUUGUGUCUUGCGGGUCGGACUAUCCCAUGUACCUGUCGAGGGAAUUCAUAUUGCUUACUUUUCGCAGUAUCGUUCAUUUGUGUUAAAAUAGUCGUGCAUUAAGCCUGUCCAUUCGGUUAUGUCACGUCUGGAUAACAUUGAGGAUGGCAAUAAUGUGUGUUGGUUUCGUUGAUCUAGAGACGUUAUGUCAUUGAUUGAUCUCUUGACUUUUGGCCUUUUGAACAACCAAGUAUGCGUUACGAGACAUGGUAUGCAAUGUUGUUUGUAAAGUUGCACAAACUUUGUACAGCACAGACAGUACGCAGGACUGUCUGCAAGAGUAGAGACAGUACGCAGGACUGUUUCCUAAUUUUUUUUCUCCUCUUUGCGCGCUGUGGUCUGACGCAUGAUGCUGACCUCGGGGUGCGGCAGCGGAGCGCAACUGCUCCUGAUUGGCUGAGAAGCAGGCUUGUCUGUACAGCGCAGUGUCUGUUUGCUUUCGAACACGCCCCCGCGGUGGAGUUCAACCCCCCCCCCCCUCUCUCUCUCCCAUGACACGCCCCGGAGGAUAGCGAGCACAGCUGGUCUCCUCCCUCUCACCCUCCCUCCUGGCUGCAUAUAAAAGCAGACAAAAAAGAAGCAGGUUUAGUUUAACUUCGAAGAGCCACCAGAGGUGGUAUUAGGAUUUGUAGCACCCGGAAUAUUCUACUUGAACUAUGACUAUCAAAACGGAAACGGAGGCUCCUGUUCUCACUUACUCUAAAACAAGAGGGCUUGUGGCAAAUCUCACUGCGUUUAUGAAACAAAGAAGAAUGGGCCUGAACGACUUCAUCCAGCGGCUUGCCUCAAACUCUUACGCCUGCAAGCACCCUGAGGUCCAGUCCAUCCUGAACUUGACCCCCCCCCAGGAUGCCGAGUUGAUGAACGCAAACCCCUCUCCUCCUCCAAGCCCAUCCCAGCAAAUCAACCUGGGUCCGUCCUCCAACCCCACCGCCAAGCCCAGCGACUUCCACUUCCUGAAGGUUCUGGGCAAGGGCAGCUUUGGCAAGGUGCUGCUGGCACGCCACCGCACCGACGACCAGUUCUUCGCCGUGAAGGUUCUACAGAAGAAAGCCAUCCUCAAGAAGAAAGAGGAGAAACACAUUAUGUCAGAGAGGAAUGUCCUGCUGAAGAAUGUGAAACACCCGUUCCUGGUGGGCCUGCACUACUCCUUCCAGACGGCAGAUAAACUCUACUUCGUACUGGACUACAUCAACGGAGGAGAGUUGUUCUACCACCUGCAGAGAGAACGCUGCUUCCUGGAACCCCGGGCCCGGUUCUACGCUGCGGAGAUCGCCAGCGCGUUGGGCUACCUCCACUCCCUCAACAUCGUGUACCGCGACCUGAAGCCCGAGAACAUCCUGCUGGACUCCCAGGGACACAUUAUCCUCACCGACUUCGGCCUGUGCAAGGAGAACAUAGAACCCAACGGUACCACGUCCACGUUCUGCGGCACGCCAGAGUACCUGGCUCCAGAGGUGCUCCACAAGCAGCCGUACGACCGCACCGUGGACUGGUGGUGUCUAGGAGCCGUGCUCUACGAGAUGCUCUACGGCCUGCCUCCAUUCUACAGCCGUAACACGGCGGAGAUGUACGACAACAUCCUGAACAAGCCCCUGCAGCUGAAACCCAACAUCUCCAACGCUGCGAGACACCUCCUGGAGGGCCUGCUGCAGAAGGAUCGCACCAAGAGGCUGGGCUGCUCCGAUGACUUUGCCGAGAUCAAGGUCCACAUGUUCUUCUCCCCCAUCAACUGGGAGGACCUCAACGCCAAGAAGCUCACCCCUCCUUUCAACCCCAACGUGACGGGCCCUAACGACCUCCGGCACUUUGACCCCGAGUUCACGGACGAGCCGGUGCCCAGCUCCAUCGGCUGUUCCCCCGACAGCUCCCUCAUCACGGCCAGCAUCAAGGAGGCGGCCGAGGCCUUCCUGGGCUUCUCCUACGCCCCCUCCAUGGACUCCUACCUAUAGGAGCUCCGACACACGCCCAGGCAGAGCCUGACUAGUAGCCCCCCGUGGCAGGACGUCUGCAGGGGGUGAGGCGAGCAUGGACCUGCAUAAACUCCCCCCCCCCCGAACCCACCGGUGUCUGUGAGGAUCUCGUGGCUGUAGAUGCCCCAUCAGAGAUGCUAUCCUCCCAGCUGGAAGAGGACAGGCUACAUGCUACUGGGCCCGUAUGUCACAUGGUCCAAGGGGGGGGAUUAGAUGGGGGGGGAUCUGUGGGAUUAGAUGUGUGGUGAACCCUCCCAGUCUCCCUUCCUUCGAUGACACCAACUGAUUUGACAACGCACAAGGUCCUCAAACCCUCCUCCAUGGACCGCCCCCCACACACACACCCACACACCCGGCCCUCUUUCCAGGUUCCAGACAAGGGCGUCGUUUGCACAUGGCUCAGGCAGCUGAAGAGACCCACACACCUCAAGGACCCGACUGCUCCAGGGCACCCCGCCCUCCCCCUGGCCCUGCCUCCCUUCCCCUGGCCCUGCCUCCCUCCCCCUGGCCCUGCCUCCCUCCCCUCCCCCUGGCCCUCCCUCCCUCCCCCUGGCCCUGCCUCCCUCCCCCUGGCCCUGCCUCCCUCCCCUGCCCCAGGGAGGUCUGCCACCUUCAUCACUGCACACGUCUCCUCAUCCCCCCCUCCCUGGGUUCUGGUGAUGGGACCCGUUUAGGCGUGAAGAGAGCUUGGUGGUGCAGCUAACCAGUUGACGGUUCAUUGGGUGUCGGUUUCUUAUCAUUCGUUUCUGUCCUUUUUGUUUUGUAAAGGGGUGGGGACGUUGUCAAGCUGAAUGUUACGGGGGGGGGUUUAAUGCUGAAAAGGUGCCUUCAUUUUACUGUCCAUGACUGAUGUUUGUGUAUGACCGCAACAUCAUGUAGUUACGCUAAAAAUCAAGGUUCACUCGACCACAGAUUGAUGGUUAUAGUAGCCCUGAGUCUGUGUAUGUAACCACGUAUGGGACACACCGUGCUGAACACGAAAUCUUGUUUCAUUUGUUUGCAUUGGGAGGGAUUCUGGAAACGCUGUAGGAAGCGCUGCUGCUAAUGGUUUGUGGAUACACCCUGACUGAAAGAAGAGACGGGGCAGAACAAAUAUGUAUCAAAAACUGUCCCAAUUUCCUUGUGCCAACCGAGUCCCCCUCACAUCUUCCUGACUCCUCUCGAUGACAUCAUGCCCCGCAUUUGGGACAUUCCGACAUGUCUGAACGGAACAUUCCAUUUUAAUAUUGCUGUGUAAAUGCAUAUUAACGCUAUUUAAGUUUAUUUGUAUAUUUGGAGUCUGUACUAGUUUUAAUGUAUACGGAAUACAAGACUAAAGAGAUGUUUAAAUAUAUAUAUAUAUAUAUAUAUAUGUGUAACUAUUCAUGUUAAAUGUACUGUAAAUUGUAAAAUCAGAUUUACGUGACCAUGUUUGGUUUGCAAUAAAAACAAAGUUUAAUGUUAUUUUAACCCAG